AUGGCUGAGCCUUCCCAAGAUGUUAAAACAAAAAAGGGUGGUUGUCAAUGUCUUACAAAAAUCAGCAAUUUUAUUACUGGAUCCAUGGAAAAAGGAUUUUACCGGUAGGUAUAGCAUCGACUGUUUUUCUCCUUAAGCUUAAGCUUAUCUGUCAAAUAAUGAAGAGUCUCAGAAUUUAUCUUUUAUAGUCAUUAUAUACUUUAAAACAUAAGAAAGAACAACAACUACUCUUGACACACUAAUAUAAAUGACCGGUUGAUACUUUCAAGGAAAGUUCAUGUCGUUAUUUUCUAUUUCCCUUACUGAGAGUUUGCUCGAGUUGAGUGUUAUUUGUACAUUACGUAAUCCUUUUCGGUAAUAAAAUUUACAUUCUGUAGACUUUGUCCCUUAAAAAAAUGGAAGAAAAUGUGAAGUGUUAACACUGACUUAUUCAUUCUUUUCAGUGGAACAACCUGGCUGUCAGCUUCUUAAAAAUCCGGAAAGUAAUUAAGCUCAAAAAAAUAAUUGUUGUUUUGUGAUGGUUGUCCUUUACGUUAAACACCUGCGUCAAUAUAGACGUUAUAGCGGUUGACAGCGGUUAUAUUUCGUCAUGGCCAACGUGUCAAACAGACCACUUGUACUUUUUGCCUAAUAUCAAAUAUCAGCUUAUCGCUGGUAAAUAUUAACCCGCUAAUAUAAGCUAAGCGGUGCACGUAUCAAAACUCAACAUGGCGGAUUAGCGGAACGAAAGUAAUCAAUCCCAUCAGCUGACAGUUCCCUAAGUCAAUUUCCGAACUUCAAAUGAGUUUCAGUCUCUUGGAUGUUCCCCACUGGAUUUGAAAACAGCAUUAUCCCUGGUGUUACAAUUUCGUGUCCUAAGCUGACAAAAUUUCAAUAUGGCGGAUCUACAAAUUCCCUUUAGUUUCUCGGUCAAGCUCUCGUCUUUCGUGAGCCUGAAAGAGGUAAUUUUGGAAGUACAGGUGGUUGAAAUAAUCAUAUCAGAUAUUCAGGUUACAAGAAAACAGAAAUAUAGGCGGUUCGCAUCUCUACUUAUUGAUGUUGAAGAUAAUGUCAUCGCUAUUAUUUAAAAUUAAUUUAUGUUAAUUCAGUGACAUGACUGUAAAACGAGAAACAUCGUUCAUGAGCGCUGAACUGUUACAUGCUGAGUAACUUUUUGAAAAGAGAAUAAUUUAGUUUGAAAGUGUUGGAAUAUUUAAAAUGAUGCAUUCAUUUAUUUGACUGAUUGUUCUUUUGCAUUAUUUGAAUGUAUAUUUUUUGCAAAAUAUGCAAAUGUUCUGCACAUAACUGUUUCCUUCACUUAUAAUCCCAAGAUGAUGAUGUAAUCGAUGGAAAGUUUCGUAUUCGAAACCAGUUGAACUUCAAAUGUUAGUUGAUUUUCAUUUGGUUCACACAUUAUAAAAGCACACCCAAACACACCAAAGCAUUUUGCCAAUGGAACAUUUGAAUUUUUAAAGUUGGUUUUGUUGAUUGUCCAACUGGGCGCUAUAAGCCCCUACAUAUUGGUUUCAAAUGCAAAACACAAGAACCCUGGUGAGAAAGAAAAACGGAGAUCUGUACAAAUCUAGAUGAAGUCAGCUUGGGGAUAAAUUUGUGAUUGGUGCUUAAAUAAUGAGUAUUGUUGCAACGUGUUUCAAGUGACACUCUCACAUGCCUGUUAACAGCAGUGCCGUGCACUUUUGGGUGUUUCAGAAAGCUUUUGUUAUAUUGGGCCUUUUGCAACAAGACAAAUUAUUAUCCUUUAAGUAGAAAUUUCUGUUUUAAGAAUGGCAUUAUGCAAAAAUUCUAUGCUUAGAGUGUAUCAAAAAUAAAAUCCCUUUUCUCUAGAGCUCAAUUGAACAGAUCAAACUGAAUCAAAGCAAUAAUCAAGUUAUGUUGUGUUUGGGCGUCAAACUUGCCAAAAAGUUCAGUCUGAUUGUGUUUGAUGGUCAAACCCACUUCAUAAUUGAUCAAGACUGCAAUUUUUUAUCGGGUGUGCUGGAUUUUUUGUUUGGUUUUUGUUUGAUAGAUUUUGAGAGAACUACUUUAUAUACGAUAGUAAUUUGUAUUGGUUCUAAAUACUUGUUGUUUUGCCAUAUCAGGCUCAAAUAUUUUUAUUAACCCUUUAUUUCUUAGACUGGGAAAAGCUGUCGGUGGAAGCCCAUGGAUCACAAUCCUAAUUUCACUUCUUGUUGUUGGAGCAUGUUUGGUUGGCUUGGUCAGAUUUACUCAAGAAAGUCGUGGGGAAAAGUUAUGGACACCUGGAGAUUCUCAAGCACAAAAACACAAGGAAUGGGUUGAUGAAAAUUUUCCAACAGAUAGGCGUGUGACCAGAUUUUUACUUGUUGCUGGGGAUGUGUUGACUCCUGCUAUUUUAAAAGAGGUAAGUGAAAAGCUAAGAGAUGGAUAAAUACAUCAGGCUGUGGUUGAUCAAAAGUUGGACAGAGCUAGCCACUAGGUCUCAGUUUUUAAAAAGAUGGAUAGCGCUAUAUCCACUGGAUAAAUUGCUUUCCACUGGAUAGCGCAAUGUGUUCUUAACACUUAUCUGCUGGAUAGUGAUUUAGCCGGUGGAUAGCUCUAGGUCCAACUGAGCUAAUCCUGCUGUGGAUAGUUCUGAUAGCUACAAGGAGAGUGUUCCCAUAGGGGGUACUGUCUUUAUAUGGCCUAAAUGGGGAUGUGCCGCUGGACAGGAUAUGGUUUUCGUCCUCUCUCUCCUAAACAGGGUAUGUAAUAUUGUGUGAGUUUGUCAGGGCUAUCAUUAAGUUUUUAACGUCUGCGACUCAGCGACAGAAAUUCCAUACUGAUGACGUAAAAUUUGUCCGAAAUCUGGUCAGGAGCUCUGAUUGGUCGACGUAGUAGUUAUAUUGUUUUACCUAUUGUUUACAAAUGACAGACAAAAGACAAAAGCCACAAAUGUCAAAUGUAAAUGUGAUGAAUCUAUUACAAAACAGUCAGCAUUCCUAGAACAUAUUCUCCUUUAGAAAAAGAUCACAAAACUUUACGAUAAUCAACCAGGAGAAACAUAAAAUCAAACAAAUUUACAUUUGGAACCCCAUAUCUACCGUGUUUAUUAUGUAUAUAUUGAUUUACGUCAUCAGUAUGGAAUUUCUGUCGCUGAGUCGCAGACAUUCCUCCUGGCGAAACGUCCCUGUUGGCGAGGAGCUAGGAGAAAUGGCUGUAUCUGCAGGCUACGGCUCACCUUACGACCCAUAGAUACCAAAAUAAUGUUUGAGUCAAACCCUCAGCGGCUCACCUAUACCAAAAUAUUGAUCGAGUAGUCUCCCCCCCACCCCCCUUCCCCUCUAGGACGGUGUUCGAUCCCUUUUUUUUAUCAACAGGCAAUGAUGAUUCACAAAAAGGUCCUGAAGAUCGGCAAUGGGACAGAAUUAGCUUGGGAGAAAAUAUGUUUUAGGUAAGUGUUCUGCAGACUUUAUUUCCAGGACUGCCUGCUGAUUGAGAGGGAUUGUCAAAACGGCAUCAAAUGUUAUUUAAAGAUAAGUUCCAUGGAUAACCUGGUGCCUGUGAAAUGUUUAUUAAAUUGUUCUAGGUUUUAGCUCAAAACAUUUUAGGAACCAAAACUGCCAAUUUUUCANACCCAUAGAUACCAAAAUAAUGUUUGAGUCAAACCCUCAGCGGCUCACCUAUACCAAAAUAUUGAUCGAGUAGUCUCCCCCCCACCCCCCUUCCCCUCUAGGACGGUGUUCGAUCCCUUUUUUUUAUCAACAGGCAAUGAUGAUUCACAAAAAGGUCCUGAAGAUCGGCAAUGGGACAGAAUUAGCUUGGGAGAAAAUAUGUUUUAGGUAAGUGUUCUGCAGACUUUAUUUCCAGGACUGCCUGCUGAUUGAGAGGGAUUGUCAAAACGGCAUCAAAUGUUAUUUAAAGAUAAGUUCCAUGGAUAACCUGGUGCCUGUGAAAUGUUUAUUAAAUUGUUCUAGGUUUUAGCUCAAAACAUUUUAGGAACCAAAACUGCCAAUUUUUCAUGCCAAUUUUAUCCUUGAUUUAAACUUAAGAUUUACAUGUACCUUGCUCACUUAUCUUCCACAUUCAUGCCUAGCGAGCCACUAACAAGCUACUUCUGUAAGACCUUACAUUAUAAAUGGCUCCCCGUAUUCUUCAGUUGCUCCAAUGAUAUUCUCCUCUCCUGCCAAGAUUAUUCACUCCCUAUUAAAUUAAUUAAUCAUAACUAUAACAAAAUUGUCAAAUCUGAUUGGCUAUCAACUACCCUGAUUUCAGCCUUAAUUGGACAGUUUAAUAAGACAGUACGCAUCAUGCCUAAGUAAUUGGACAGUACGCACCAUCACGCGGGCGCUUAAAUGGCUUUUUUUUUCACUGCUAGCAAAACAAAAUUUCAAAUUUCUUGUGUUUUGAUGUAAAAAAUAGCCUAUUAUAUCACAAAUUUUGUUAAAGUUAUGAUUAAUUGGUAACAGAACUUCGUGUCGUCCAAUUCGGUCUGUAAUCAUACUUGUGAUUAAACAAAUCGGACUCCCCCUACGCGGUCAUCCAAUUUUGUUAAUCACUCGUAUGAUUACAGAUCGAAUUGGACUCCACUCAUUCCUGUUACCAUUACAAAUUAGUCCCUCAGUUUCAACUGGAUUGUAGCAAGUGUAGUAAGAUUUAAUUGGUCAUCAAUUUGAAUUAUGCAUAAUAGUGUAUUGAUUUCAAUUUUCUUAAAUUCUUUGAUUUAGGCUGGGUCCUAGUUGCAUGAUUAAUGGUUUGUUGGAGCUUUGGUCUUUUAACGAGACUGUGAUUAAUCAGCUUAGCAAAGAUGAUAUUUUGAGAAAGAUCAAUCAACCUGAAAUCAUAAGGUAAAAAUAUUAUACUGUACUGUUGCAAUAGACCCACCUUCCACAUUUUUGAUGUUGCAAGUUUUGGUGAUAUGAUCAUUUGGCAAGAAUCUGUCAACACCACUGAAAAGAGUGCUCAAAAAUUAGGAAACUUGCCAAGUUUGAAAGUUAUUUGACCAUCUUAAGUGAGCGAAGGUGGUUCGUUUGGUGGGGGACAAGUUAGUCCCCUCACCAUGUACAAACUUCUGUACAAUUUCGCAACUUUGCCAAGCAUUAUCUUUGCUUGUAUCAACAAGUCUAUCUUAAAAACCUAGCAAUUUUACUAUUUUUUAGGCUCUUGUCGGCCGUGUCGAUGGUUUUUCACUAAGUGGUCUUUGUCAAAAAUUGAAAAACUGCGGAAGGGACUACAGUCAAUUCCCUUUAUAGCAGACACCGUGGUGGACCUUGAGUUAGUGUCCUCAUUAGCCAGAGUCCGUAAUAGUAAGAGUUUAUUUCACUCAAACAUCUAUAAUUUAUUUUUGCCUGGGAUUUAGCUGCUAUCCGUAUUAUCAAGGUGUCCGUUAUAGCGGAGUGUGCGCAAGGCAAGAGUUGACGGUAUUCAGCUCAGCAUACCCUUUUUGCCUUAAAUUUAAAAGUACAAUGAUAUUGACCAGAUGAUCACAAUGGCAAAAUCGGUUACAUGACUGUACAUUGAAUAUGUGGUCAGAGUGUCAAAGUCCUGUGGAGGGUCACAUUUUUUGACAAUAAGCAAAGAAACCUUAAGUCAAAUCUCAUUUUCGUAGUCUUUCUUGUCCUCGAAUCUACAGGUCCCUCAGUGUUUAUUAAAUGCAGACUUUGUAGGUUUUCUUAAAUUCAAGGUUAAUUAAGUUAAUAAUUUUUUUUUAAUUUUAGCCCUGUCACCAACAAGAAGUUUGUGCUUUCCCAGUACAUUGGCGGGAUUGAACGUAAUGGAACAAAACACAUUGUGAAAGCUGAAGCAUCAAUAACAGCUUAUGGAAUUAAAUACAAUCCUGUAUUGAACACAGCUGAGGGACGUUUGGUAAGCAUAUAUUCCCACUCUUUUCUAAAUAUCAACACACAAACUCUCUAGACUGAUCUCCAUACAUUUUCUUAAAAGUUAGUUGCGAGAAUUUGUUAAAAGAUUUAAGUAUUUUCCCUUAGUGAUCAUUUUAUUAAUUCUCUUAACUUUUUCUAUAGAUAAUGUAUUUGUAUAGUUAGGAGAAAAUUGAUAUUGGUCACUAUUGGGGCUUAAAUAACAUUUUGUAAAAUAACUAAGAUAGUACAACUGCUUUGAUUGGCCAAGAGUCAUGUUUGCAUGCUCAAGAGUAUGUAAACAUGGUUGUGAUAUUAAGGUGUUUUGCUCUUCACGCGCUAAUCAUGCAAUGAUGAAUUUGAAAAAGUUUUUGAGUGAAAACUUGACAAGUUUACUUUAUUUUACCCAUUCCCUUGUUGGCUGAAACUUGGAAAAUCUUUACAACCAUGCUGUCUCAAUUGUCGUUUCACUUAAGGCUGACAUAUUAAGCAAAAAAUCCGUAUUUUGGAAAGCAUGAAGUCAGUUAAAUUUCAGUCUAGAUGACCUUUAAAUUUUGCCUCAUCAUAUUUAAUGGUACAAUGGGUAUGGUUAUGAACUGUUGGUUUGGGUAUUGCUGAGGUUACACACAUAUAGAUUCUGUUGAUUUACCUCAGUGGGUUCAAUGACAGUUGGUAGAGGUCUGAAGCUAUUUAUUCUUCACAAUUACCAAUACUUUUGAUAGGAGGAUAAAAUGACUGAAGAUUGGGAAACUGCAUUCAAUGACCUGUUGUCUAGCAUUGAUCUUUCUCCAGUGGAGCUGUUGUAUUACAGUCAACUCCAGUAAGUACAGCAACUUUUCCCUCUUUUUGUAAAAUUAAAGGGGCUGUGUCAUGGCAGUCCAGUUCAUUUUGUUUAAUUUUGCCAGUUACUUGCCCUCAAUCUCUAUGGAAGUUAAAGUAAGCAAAGAAAUUACUUGUAAAUGACACAAGCAGAGAAUCGAGACAAACAAUAAUUACGUCUCCUGAGCAUUACUUUUCAAGUUGAAAACAGCAGAGAUCAGCUUUGAAAAACUGCUAGGCUGAACAGUUUUCAAAAACCCUAAUUUCAAUCCGUUUCAAUCUUCUUCAGUUUUGCCCAUCCGUGGCAUCUGUUGUAUCUGUGGUGUUAUUUGAACCUUCCUUUAACGUUUUAAGCGCUUAUUUUUAUGUUUCUCUUAAUUUAACCGGCAUUUUGUAAUUACCUACUUUGGCUGAAUUUCGUGACACAGCUCCUUUAAUACUGUAAAAUUCCGAAAAUAAGCCCCUCCAUGUAUAGGCCCCUCCAAAUAUAAGCCCCCCAAACCGGUAACGCAAAGACCCCUACGUUAAAUCACCCCUCCAAAUAUAAUCCCCUCGGGGGCUUGUACUUGGAACAUUGCCCCCCAAAACAAAGUAAAACAAAGCAAAAAUGGUAAAUUUUCCUCCAACUAUAAGGCUAGCCCAAUCGAUUUGGAAAUGCAAAUUUCCCUCUGUAGAUAAGCCCCUGCAAAAAUAAGCCCCUCGAAAAGGGUCUUUGAAUUUUCGGAAUUUUACAGUAUUUCCGAGUGUCAUAGUGUCAGAGUAUUUGUUGCCUCUUGUCCAGGGCGUGAGAGAACCACUCAGUUCAGUUAAGUUGUUCCUUCCACAAUAAUUUUUCUCUCUCAUUCCAUUCUUCUACAAUGUUCAUGUAUCUCCCUGCUCUAUGACUCUAUUUGUAAAUGACUAAGUUUAUCUUUGUAGAUUCAGCCCACUGUACAUUUCAUCUCUGAGACCUUAAUUGUCUUGACUAUCGUGCAUAAAAUUAAUAAUAAUGGUUUCUAGAGUGUGUUUACUAUCAUGUAAACCAGUCAAAGCACCUGACCAGAUUGUGGACAGAUUUUAUAUGGUGCAUAAUUAUCGGUAUGGAAUUUCGGGGGGCCAAAAUGAAGUUGAUAUCUCUUUGUGAAAUGUCCCAGUGAUAGAGGGUGAUGAGAGGUGAUAGAGUGUAUUUGCUGGAUUUUUUUAAUAUGUAAAAGCUAUAAAGCUUGUAUAUAUCUUAGGUGCCAAUAUCAAGCAGUACUAAACAGUCCGAAUAAAUUAAGUCCCAUAUAUGUGAUACAGUUAUUUUUUGAAAUUGUCUAAAUAAACAGAUUUCAAACGGAUUCAGGGGAGAGCAUACAGGGCGAUGUUCAACUCCUGUCCAUUGGGUACAUGCUUAUUAUUGCUUAUGUGGCUAUCAUGCUUGGAAAAUUCACACGCCUAAACGUUAAGGUAGGAUGUGGAAAGCCUUUAAAUGUUGUUACUAUCAUCGUGCAUGAGAAUUCAUAAUACCAUCCAACCUCCAUGUGUGACUCCCUCCCAUAAGCAACCACCUUAUACCAAAACACCAAUGUUUUCCCUUCGAAGCGUUACAGUUGAAACCUCUUGUAAACGAUCACCUGCUGUAAGCAACCAUGGCCAAAUUUACUGUUAACUUACUUUUUUUAAUUCUCCAUUGUUUUUAACCUACUGUACUAUGCUACUUAGAAUAUAAGAAGACGUUUUAGCCACAAUGUGGAACUACACUUAUUACAACGCAAAAAUUGCAUGUUAUAAAUCAUCUUCCAUAAAGAAGAUAAUUAAUUAUCUUCCGUAAAGAGGAUGCGUUGGGAUCUCUUCUUGAAAAAGACUUUUUAGUCAACAAUGUAUUUAUGUAGAUUUUAAGUACAUGUACAUUUAACUGAAAUAGAUUUUUAAUUUCUCAAUAGGCAUGGCUGGGAUUGCUGGGAGUCGUGUGCAUUGGUUUGGCAAUUGGGGUGUCAUUUGGGCUUUCCAGUGGAUUUGGUGCUUUUUAUGGCCCUGUUCAUUCAACUUUACCUUUCCUUCUACUUGGUAAAAUCCAACUCACCAUCUUCUCUGUUCUUCUAUCUCGAUUUCACCGAUUGAAACCUACAUCAGCGCGUCAGCGAACACACAAGCUCAAAUUCGUUGAUUGGGAGGCACAUGAAAAAAAGGAUGAAUUAGGUUUCUUGGAAACUGCCCACCUACCCCUCCCCUGAGCCAUCAUUUUUUGCACUAAGGGAGAAGUAAGUGUUAAUGUUAGCUUAGGGAAGAGGUAGGUGGGCAGUUUCCCGGAAACCUAAAUUGAUCCGAAAAAAAAGUGGGUCGAUAAAUCAACCCUUACGGACAAUUUUUCAGUCGUCAAAAAAUGCAGAAAUAAAUUCCAGAUGUGUACGAGAUGCUAUGUACAAGAACUCUGACCAUCACUGAACAUGCAAUCGGACUUAAGUUAUGCUAAGCUUUCCUAUUAAGACAUCUACAGUAGAUAAUAAUGAGGCCUGCACGAAUGCAGUCUAAUUGGUUCAAACUUCAAUUCUUUUAUCACCUUUGAAACUUUACGUUCUUAAGUUUAAAUUGACUCUAAUCCAGAUAAUCAAUCUAACCUCGGAAAGUAACAUUUGCUAAGCAGCACCAAUGUCUUUUUUCUGGGGCGCCCAACAGGCUCAACAAAUCACUGGAAAUUCAUUUUGAAUUUCCCUUCAACCUGGGAUCAAUCUGGUAAAAGUUUUACAAGUGUAAUUUACAAGAGUACUUAGCUAUUGCUUUAGGGUCCGAAAACAAUAGCUAUACUUGUAAAUUACACUUGAAGAGUUUUAUUAAAUCGACCCCUGAUUGGCUAAUCAAAGGGGCAUUUUUAACAGGCCAGUCAUGGCUCUUGGUCAAAUAUUGAUACACAAGUGGGAGCCCAGGAAAUGGAUUUUAGCACUGUUGCACAGAUAGGCUUAAUCGGAAGUUAAGUUCUGUCUAUGGCACAGGCUAAGAAGUGAGAAACUCGAAAAUGAAAGAAGAAAAAUAACUGAAAUAUGUCUCUUUACAGGUAUCGGAGUUGAUGACAUGUUUGUUAUUGUGCAAGCAUGGAAUAACUUACCUCCUGAUUUCGUCAAAAACCGUGGAGUCCCUGAGGCCAUUGGCGUAGCAUUACAACAUGCUGUAAGUUCAAUUCCUGGUCGAUUUUCCAACAAAUGUAUUUUAGCUUGCUUUGGAACAUAUACCGCCUUAUCUUUUACUUCUGACAGUGUCAGCACAGCCUUAGGAAUAAUCAGAGUGAUGGAUAUCCUUUAACAAGUACAUAAAAUUUGGCUUGUGUUCCGCAGAAAACAAAAACGAUAUUUUAUUAGUGUACGAACCCCUAGAAACCCACUCCAUGGGUGGACAGGGGGAGAAUAGAAACUUGUGAGGAGCUAGCGUGAUGAAAUUUGAUGAUAAGAUUUAUUGGUUUGUAUAAAAUUUGCCAUGAUUUUCUGUCCUGCAGGGUGUCUCUAUCACGAUAACAUCUUUGACUGAUUUCUUGGCUUUCAUGAUUGGAGCAAGCACUGUGAGUUUUACUAAAUAAACUUGUACAUGUACGUUAUGAGGUCAGGGUUUUGUAGGAAAUAAAUCUUUAUGGUUUAAAUGUGGGCAAAAGUUGGUUUUACAUUGUGCAAUUAAUGAUCUUAUAUUCUUUUUUGUCCGAAGCCGACGUUUUAGCAAGAAAGCGCUUUUUAGUUUCUUAACUGCAACUGAAACAAGUUCAUCCUUCAAAAAUCUCACGCUCAUAAGUUAUAGUCUCAGACUAAAAUCAUCUUUAAAGUAUUGUUCUUGAAACAUGCUAGUGGAAUCAGUCAGUGACUUUACUUUGUACUGACGCUUGAAAGUUUGCGACUCUGCCAGGUGAAGUGAAUAUCAGACAGAACUUUUAAAAGGUGACUUGUCCGUUUCUGUUAGGUUAUUUCAUCGGUAAGAUAUUCAGUUAUUGGGUCUUAUAGACAGUGCGCAGAACAUAAAUGUCCGUAAAGUGGGAUCGACGAUAUAGAAAAGUUUGCAACUCGGGACACAGAAAAGUGUCUGUUGUCCGUAUUAACGGUGUCCAUAAUAAGCUGGGUAUUUUUAGAAAAUAUAAAUUAGCCUUCCGUUGGGACAAAUGAAACUGUUCAUGUAUAUGGGUGUCUGUAGAGCGGAGUACCACUGUAUUUGUUUUUACUUAGUGUAGUCUGUGUUUUAAUUUCCUUUGUAACUUUUAUUGUUUUUCUUUAGAUUUUACCAGCCUUAAGAUCAUUUUGCAUUUUUGCUGGAAUAGGUAAGUCAGUAUCAGAACAAAAGAACAUUUUUUUUCAACCGGUUUUUUUUCAAAGUUUUUGUGUUGAAACUGUUACGUGAGUCGCGGUGACAGUAUUAACUUGUUGCCUAGCAACAUUCACAACUCGCCCUCCCUUCCACAGGUUAAAUCGUCCCUUAAACAUUUCGUAUUGGAAAGGUGACUCGAGGGGUAAUAAAUCCGACAUAUCGUUGAUUCUUUUUAGCUAGAUAUUUUUAUUUCUAAACUCACGUCUAACAGCAUUGUAAUUAUGCAUUUCUUAUUGUAAUUUUAUUAGUUGUAAGUACGCUGUAAAAUUAAAUUGAUUCUGAAAAUUCCUCCGUGCAGAGUCAGUAAAGUCAUUUGUAUUUGUGUAAAUUAUGAUAAUUAUUUUGACUCUCUCCUUCAGGAAUUUUAGCAGACUUUGCUCUUCAAGCCACACUGUUUACAGCGUUCUUGGCUUUAGAUGCCCGGAGGUACAGUUCUUAACCUUUCCAGUCCUAGACCAUGUUAUACAUAUAUAAAAACAAAAUGCUAUGGUGUUACCAUUCAAAUGAUUUAUUAUUAUUAUUAUUAUUAUUAUUAUUAUUAUUAUUAUUAUUAUUAUUAUUAUUAUUAUUAUUAUUAUUAUUAUUAUUAUUAUUAUUAUUUUGGUAGAGGGCUUAGGAUAAAUUUCAGAAGAAAGAAAUUAGAUCUUUUUAGUUAGCGGAAGGAGGGGGAGUGUAGGGUUAAUCUCAAUUUUUUUUGUUUGUUUUUUUGUUUUGUUUGGUUUUGUUUUUUUGCGCACAGGGUUCGGGCGGAUCAUGAAAAAAGUAAUGAAAUUUAAGAAUUUCAUUUUCUAAGCUUGGGAGUUAUGGAAUAUAAUUGUGGGUCACGAAAAGUCAUGGAAAAUCAUAGUUGUGUUUGGUUGGAACUGGAGAUAACAACGAAAGGAUAAAGCUUACAAAAUAAAGACUAGCUUUUUAACAGUCCGGACUGCGUUUCUAGUUGUGUCUGUUUAACUGCGCUAAGUCAGGAAAAUAAAAGGAUAGGUUCGAACGUUUUCAAAGUGACAGCCAAACUUAAAAUCAUGGAAAACUGGAAAACGUCAUGGAAAAAGUCGUGCAAAGGCAUGGAAUGUAGGGAAGAGAUUUGUAAAAUAUAGCACGAACGCUAUUUUUGUAUCUUGAACUAAGAGGCUUAACUUUUCAAGGAAUCAAGAAAAUACGGUAUCUCAUAAAUAUUUUCGUGACAUUUCGUGACACCAGCGUUGGUUUUCCUGCGAAAUGACGUCUGAGGAAAGAGCGCGGAAAUUCUAUACUGAUGACGUGUCACUACGUAGACCUAAGUAGUGCUUCCGAUUGGGCCAGCCGCAAGGGUAGUAUGCUUCAACCAAUCAGAAUCACUAUCCUGAUCUGGUUAGUGACACGCCAUGAAGAUGGAAUUUCUGUGGGCGUUUCUCAAGUGUCAUUUCGUGGAAAUGUCGGCUGUAUACUCAGGCGAGUAAAAAUUGAUUAUUAAAUUGAUUAUCUGUAGGCAGGGAAAGAAACGCGAUGGCUGCUGCUGCUGUAUCAGACUGAGAGAUGAUUACACCGAAUCAGAAUGUGGUAAGAGGGAUCUUCUACAGGAGAUAAUGGACAAGUAUUUUGGACGAGUCUUGCUGUCUCUUCCAGGAAAGGUAAAUGCUUUCAUUUUAUCCAAUUAAAAGGAGUUAACAACUAAUGGCGCCUUCAGUGCUAGUGGUUCGCUGUUGUUCGGUAUGCACAUGCUCGUCCGCUGCGUCUUUCACAUGAUUGGUUGGCGUGUGGAGGUUUCCUUCGUUCAGCUUUUUUCCUGCCACGAGGUUUUUUUCAGCUAAUUUUUCUUUCCACUCCCCCCCUCCCUCCCCCUACAACCUCCCUGUUGUUCUUUCUUUACAGAAUUAUUUUUCAGUGUGACAGGUGCAUCUUUUGUUUACUUUAUGCGCGGGGGCUCAUGGCUGGGUUCCGCUGUUGUUCCAACCAUAGGGGCGUUAUUUCAAUCUAGGGGCCGGCUGCAAAAAGUGGAAGCCCCUGGAUACUCCAGGCACCCAACCUCCAUCUAGCAAUAAAGGUGUUUAAACUUUAAUAGCGCAAAUAUAAUAAAAUAAAUGAAUUACAGACCCAACUUUCUCUAAGUUGUCAGUCAUUUAGGAUCUUUUACAUGUUUAGUAGAGCUGCAAUAAUAAAUCAAUUUACCUGGUGAGCCGCGAUAUUUCUUCUUACGGUACGAAUAUCGUUUUUUGAAUAAGGUAUCGCGAUAUUUCGAUAGUUAUUUUUUACAUUACUCAAACUCAUUAAUAAUUCAUAAGGAAAAUACAAAGGAAAUUAAAGUUUAAUGAUUGUUUGGAAAUCAGAUGAAAAACUGCUCAUUUUUGCAUCCUUAAAUUCUCCUUCAAAAAUCAUUUUGUUUGAGAAGUAAUAUCAAGCAUUCGACACAGUAUAACAUAACCAGAUGAAACACCUCGAAGUUCGUCAAAACUACUCCGCUGCGCGUCGUAUUUUUAAUUCUUUUCUCAGUGUUUCAUGUGGUGAUAAAACCCUGCGUCUCAUGCUUGAUAAAUUACUUACCCAUUCUCUACACGAUAACGACAAUCGUUCGUUUUCAAAAAUCUCAACUCCGCGGACCGUUUUUAAAAACCUGCUUCUCUGGUGUCCGGAAGUGCUGUUUACUUUUGGUUGGAAGGCUAAAACGGAGAAAAAUUCUGUAGACGUGGCCUUAAUUGCUAAAAAUCCCUCUUUUUUCCUAUUCUUCUGCAGAUUAUAGUGAUGAUCAUUACCGCUGGAUUGUUUGGUUUUAAUUUAUAUGGAACUCUGAUGAUGGAGCAGUUUACUGAUCAAAUUUGGUUUUUGCCGCCUGAUUCGAUGGGUUACAAAUACGAGAUGGCAAACCGCGAGGUAUCUUUAAUGUGCCAAUAAUCUAAACUUUUUAUUUUUGUAAUUAAAAGUACACAUUACUGCGAGAACCUCUGCGCAAAAAAAGUUUGAUUUGAACACAAUGUGCUUUUCUUAGAAUAUUUGCUUUUUGGAACGUUUAAAUUUGCUGCCAUUUUGGCACAUUCAAGGUGGUUUAAUAACACGAGCUCCGGUUGUUCAAAGUUAGAUAACGCGAUUCAAGAAUUCAAAAUUCAAAAGGUUUAAUUCAGAAAAAAUUCCAAUUCUUAGUCUUUAAAAUGCUGAAAUAAGUAUGCAACUGUUGCUAUGGAUAAGUACUGCUAAAGAGUUUUAUGGUCACACCAUAAGAUUUCAUUCACAGACUGAAAAAAUAGAGCUGCAAACUUAACAGCGCCAUGCAUGUGCAGAAAGUAGCACUAAAAAAGAGGUUUCAUUUGAAUGGGCACACCAGUUUGACCAUUUUAAUUUGAAGUUGUGCGUUGGACUGUGUCGGUGUAGUGCCGAACUUCACCAUGGGAUUGUUUGGGGGCGAAUUUUGACCCAGGUUCCUGUUCAUUUUCGUAAUAGCCAAUAAAAGAAGUAAUUCAAAAAAGUCCCAUUGUGCAAUUUGAUACAACACAGACUCAAACGUAAGAAUUACCAAAUUGCUUGUCUCCGCAAUGGAAUUGGGAGAUCAUGUUCAAAGUUAUUGAGUAAUAAAUAAUAAUAAAAUGCGUAUAAAAACUAACGAAAUAAUGCCUCGAAGUUUCGGCGACCUCACUUCGGAAUGCUGUACAUCAAACCAUUAAGACCGCCUUUGAACGUGAAAAAGGGUUCAAUACGUGCUUAAGUCUUUGUCUAGCUGUACUUUUAAUUUUAUACAGAGUUAGAGUACUUUAACUCCUUUUGAACUCGCAUUAAUUUAUUUCCAUUCGUUGAUAAUAGGGAGCUUAAGAAACUACGACGACAAACAACGACGACUUCAAAAAAAAACAGGUUUAAUGAUCAAAACAACAGCUUUGCACGUGCAUCGCGCUUUUUAGUACAUUUCUUUGACGUCCACUGCACGACUACGAUGUGAAACCUUCUAAUUUAACGUUUUAUGGAGGACGUGGACAUACGACGACAAAUUUUCCUUCCUCUUUAUGAACCUGAAUAAAAUCCUUAAGAAUUCAACUCCAGGAAAAGUCGCCUGCAUAUGACGUAUUGAACGGGUCCAAAUAGACGCGAUUAAGUUUGAAAGAACGUAAAUUCACUUUUUUACUGACGUUUUCACUGUCGUCGUCGUCGUCCUUGCUUAAGGUCUCUAAUGGCGUCAUGAGGUCGCCGAAAGGUCGAGACAUUAUUUCCUUAGUUUUUACAGAGAACUGACAUCAUUUACUUGCAGCGUCUUAAAGAUAUUGUGUUGAUCUUAUUGUGGUCAAUAAUUUUUUGCAGUUUUUCCCAGUGGAUGGCGCUCAGUCAAGCAUCUACACAGGUAAAAUGAUAGGAAGUAAUAUUGCCAAAUGGAUUCUCGAGCCUGUUGAAUAUUAGUCUCCCUCGCAGCCAUUUUUGUCUCGUCACGCAACGCUUGUCUCCAUUUUGUUGAUGUACUUUCAUUAAAUGUACACGUAAAAGUUUCCUUUCUUUCCUGCUAGCAGACGCCCCUGUUCUUUUGCAUUCGAGGAGCUGACGAGAAGGAUUACAAGAAACCGUUACUUUGUUAGCGAUCCCUGUUUACUCACUUUCGCGCGGUAAGAAGACUGAGCACUAAAAAAUAACACAGCCAAUCAGACAAAAGUCUCCUUUGUUCAUCAAGUGACGGUUUGGUCGCUUGAUAGCCGUGUACAUGCUCAGCACAGUCUGUUUCGACCCAGGUCUCUUUCCUUCCUGUUCGUCAGCUUAGCAAGUACGAAAGAAACGAGGCCUCUGUUAGCAGGGAAUUUUCUUUCGUGGGUUGUUUAGCAAAUUUCCUAAUGACUGAUCCCACAGGAAAGUAAUUAAUUUUUGUAACACUGACAGUUUCCUUUUAUUUCUUAUUUAGUUUACUCUAUUUACUUUGAAUUUAUUCUCAUACAGCAAAGUUCGAUUAUUAUGCAAACCAAGGCAAACUUCACCAACUUCAUGAUGUUGUUGUCAAUGAUCAGUAUGUGGUCACCACCUCAUUGAAUAGUUGGUACGAGGAGUACAUCAAGUGGGCCAGACGAAACAAACCUGGACAAGAGUUCGACCAGAGCUCAACUCCAUGUUAGUUACUCAAUUUGUCUGUUUUGCGGUGGAUAGCCUGCUAGCAUGGUCUUCAUGUAUGGCGAGCGAAGCGAACCCGCGAGAGAACGCGCAAGCGAGCGGCGAAGCCGCGAGUUGCGGAAGAAAGGAGAGCUUGCAAAAAUCUCUUAUAAAUUUUCAUUUCUGCUUCACCCGGGAUUGUGCAUGUGCGUUACUGACAGGACGUGUCUUUUUACGCUCCCAGUAUAAUGUAAUAGACACGUCUCCAUACUACCUGCCUCGAUUAGCUCUACUAUUUUGCAGGUAGUCUGUAUUUGUAAUUUAUUUACUGUGGAUGUAAACAAAAAAGCUUCUUCUUCUUCUUGACGAAGCAAAAUACCAUUGGCUGAAAAAUGAUGCACCGUCAAAUGAUUUGGAUUGAUGAUAUUCCUGGCUGACCCGCCAUGAAUGGUUGCCGUACAUUUAGAAACACGCCUCGCCCUUCGCAAUCGUGUCUCCUUUCACGUGCUUCUCUCGCGUGACCUCUCACGACUUCCCCAAAUGGAGAGCUUGCUCGCAGGCUAGCGGUGGUACGGAUCAGUGCAAUAUAGAUUAACAGUAAAACGGGAAAGUACUGUGCAGUAGUUUCAUUUGAAUAAUCUGGCAGAACUAAGAAUUUCAUUUACAGACUCGAAAACGUUAGAAAAGAAACACCUUAUAUGCCGUUAAAGACAGUACCGAAGGAAAGUACGGCUCAAUAGCUUUCAUUUGAAUGGUUGCACUGAAGGAUUUCAUCCACAGAUUCAGAUGUUAUAAGCACCUGAUACAGUACAAUAAACAGUACCACAGGAAAGUACUGCUUAGUAGCUUUCAUUUGAAUAGUCAAGCUAAGGAUUUUAUCUAAUAUAGACUCAACAGUUAGUUGGCCAGUUUACAAAUGUCCUUUUGACCAGCAGCUUUCAUUUGAAAGGUCACACGUUAGGAUUUCAUCUACAGACUCUAAAGAUAGAACCACCUUGUACGGCAUAAUAAACAGCACCAUAGGAAAGUACUGCUCAGUAGCUUUCAUUUGAAUGGUCAAACUAAGGUUUUUAUCCAGAGACUCAACAGUUAGUUGGCCAGUUUACAAAUGUCCUUUUGACCAAGUUAUUGAAUAGAACUUAUUUCUAUUUUAGGGAAGAUACGCAACAAGAGUAAAUUCCACGAAUGGCUUUCAGAAUUUGUUAAAGGACCAGGAAUCAGUUACCAAAAAGAUAUUCAGUUCAAAAAUGUCAGCGGGCAACAACACCCCGAGAUCAAGGUAACUUUAAAUAUUUUCAAAAGAUGAGUAAUAUUUUCCUAGAAUUGCGAAAAUGCGCGCAAAUGUCUGUAACUCCCCACUUCAGAAACUUUAAGGAGACUGGGUACAAGCUUUUGGUGCAGUGAUUUCUGGGAUUGUUUGGGUAGACAAGCGUUAGUUAUGAUUGGUCGAUGCGGUAUCCAAGGCAACCAUUAGCCAAUAAUAAGUAACGCUUGUCCACCCAAACGAUCCCAGGAAUCAUUGCGCUGAAAGCUCGUACCCAUUCCCCUUUAGCGAGUGGAAUUUCGAUCGCGCAAUUUCCGUAGGAAAGGAAGAAAUGCGCAGUUUUAUCAUACGUCCAGCGUUAUCCUCGCUUUAUCAGAAGGGUCAGGUUUCUAAGCGCAUAACUGUUAAAUGGUGUAUUCUUUACAUAGUAACGUUGCGCAGUUUUUUAGCCGGAAGCGGCACGUCACCACCACUCUCGGUCCAUGUAAGGGAAUCCUUGGCUUCAAGAUUCCACGCCGGGGAUUCCGGAUUUCAGGUACUGGAUACCGGAUUCUUGUCAAUGGAACUUGAACUCCGGAUUCCGGAUUUUUAAUCGUUAUCGGGAUUUCGGUUUGCUUGAGCUAAAUUACGGAUUCCAAACCCCAAGAUUCAAGAUUCCACCUAGCAAAAUUGUUUUCUCGCAUUUCGGAAUCCGGAUCACAAUCAAUGGGAUGAAUUGCCACUCACGCAAUGUCCUUUAUCGCCACUGAUUUUUCCUUUUUCUUUCAACAGGCAAGUCGCUUCAAUUUUAGACACAUAGAUAUGGACUCUACACAAACAGAGGCAAAAGCUAUGGACGAUUUGCGUGAGAAGAUUGAAAAGGUGUUUGCUGAUGACUUGGCUUUUCCAUAUUCACGGUUCUAUCUGGGAUGGGAAACAAAUAAGGUAUUUAUAAAAGUAGUAAGAACGAAUGGUUGCUAAAUGCGACCAAGUUUCGGGCUUCUUAUCGAAGGUCAAAACGCUCUUGCCCUUAUGGUUUACGUGAUAGUUGGUCAAAACGCCCGUGAUCAGAUUACAAGUGACAGAAGAUACAAACCAGUGGCGGAUCCAGGGUAGGGCCCCGGGGGACUCGGCCCCCUUCCCCCCUUAUUUUUAGACCAAACUGAGGCCCGAAGGGCCAAAAACAUUUUUUGGAGACCGGGCCCCCUCCUUAUCUCACGGUCUGUACGACCGCCCCCCAACUACCUGAAGGUCUGGAUCUGCCACUGCAAACGCGAGUCGGAUUGCGUUCAUUGUAAGUGAGGAUCUUAAUGAACGCUGGCUUCAUGCGGGCUCCUGGUCGCCCGCAAUAAAAUUUUACUGAAUGGUCUUUUGGAUCUUUGUCAAAACAAUGUUUUAAGACGCUACUCUUAAUAUCGCCCCCAUUAACCCCUACGUGUAGGUAACGGUUUUACAAGUUCAGGUAAAAGUUCACCUUCGUUCCCAAAGACUUUCCUCGAAGGUGUGGUUUAUCGAAGAAACUGCUUACUUCUUGCAUCUUUGACUGUAAAACAACGUGCGCGAUCAUGAGAAAGGAAGUUAUGACCGUAGGGUCACACCAUAGGAUUUGUUUCACAGACUGAAAAGAUAAAACUUCAUUCUACAGCAUAAUAUACUGUACCACAGGAAAGUACUGCUCAGUAGCUUUCAUUUGAAUGGUCACACUUUUAGGACUCAAAUGUUAUUACCACCUUGUCAGAGUAACACUGAUAUUACGUAUCAGCGCGACGUGAAAGUAAUGCUCCGUCGCGUUUAUUGAAAGGGUCACUAAAGAAUUACUGGAACGGACAAAACUGCAAAGGUUGAGGCGAAGUAUGUAGUGAAAUUUUUCCUUAUUUCAGGUUAUUUCAGAGGAACUCUUUCGUAACAUGGCCCUCGCUCUGAUGGCUGUAUUCCUAGUCACCCUUGUUGUUCUCGCAAACAUUUGGACGUGCCUCAUGGUCUUUUCUUGUGUAGGCUUUACUCUGGUAAGUUUUUUGACUACAGUUGAGUGCAUGUUUGCAGAUGGCGAAUAAUAAAACCACUUUCGAGUGUUGUUGUUUCCCGCCUUUUUUGUUAGUAGACUUGAUGCCAUAUUUAUGGUCGUCUGUUUGGCGUACUUAGAGACGUAGAUGUUUCUGUUUUAUUUUAACAAACAGCUAUGUGGCAUACAUGUUUUCUAGUUAUUUAUUUGAAACCCAUUUACCUGACCGGUCAAAAUGACUGACGAGCUGAAAGUUUGUCCGGACAAAUGGUCAUCUUGGCCGGACAUUGUUCGUUGACCGGCCGAAAUUUUAAGCCUUGUUUACGAAGAAAGAGGUACGCAAGGCGUGAAUGUGUCACCUACCACGCCUUUCGGCCUCGGAGGAAUAAUAUCAUCCUCUAUCUUCAAUGUCUGUAAAAUCGUUUUGAAAGUUUAAAUUUGCUGUCGAUGCACGACCUGUUUCGAAAAAAGAGGUACGCAAGGCGUGAAUGUGUUAUUUACAUUAAGACUUGUUAUAGGUCAGUAUUACUGGUACAAUGCAGUUCUGGGGCCUGACUAUUGAUACUGUGAACACCAUCAUUCUGGUGCUAGCUGUUGGUCUGUCUGUGGAUUAUGCGUCCCAUGUUGCGCACACAUUCAUGAUAAUAGCUGGCACACGAUACGGUAGGUUUUUGACAGCAUUUCACUGUUACUGCUUCAUAUUAAGCCACUCUGUUAUAUCCCUUAUACUACUAAAUGAGAAAUGUCUGCAAUUUGAUUGGCUUAAAACAGUGGUAUUUCAGCUUAAUUUGAAAUAACCUACAUGUGAAAAUUACAAACCUUUUGCUGGUAGUAGUAUAAACAAAUAAUAGCAUGAUCUGUGCGUGAUAUUUGGCGUAAAAACCACUCGUGAUAUUUCAAAGUUGUCUCAAAUUUCACUCGCCUAACGGCUUGUAUAACAAUUUUGAAAUAUCACUCGUGGUAUUUAUGCCAAAUAUCACUACAACUCAUGCUAUUAUCUAAACUAAGACUGAUGUCCGUCUUAUGGAGAGUCAAAGAAAGGGAGUAAAGAACGGCUGGGACCAACUAUAGGUUUCCGUUUUACCGAAGUCUCCGUCUUGUAGGGGUGACUUUAAGAGAGUCCGCUGUAUGUGGACACCAUAGGGAAGUGACGUGGGAUUCUCGUUCGUGCAGGAUUUGAUUUUCACACAAUAAUAUGAUCCAGUCAAUAGGCUAUUCUUGGGUUGCCCCAAGCCUCCUUUUCAAAGCGAGGCUAAGUGCAAAGCCAUUGAUUCUCAUGCAAAUGAAACUCAUUUUCACAAGAAAGGUUUUCAACUUGGCCUCGUUUUGAAAGUGAGAGGUUUUGAAACUCGAAAAUGGCCUAUACCAUGUGGCGUCGACGUUAAUGAGAAUACCCGUUUAAAAUAACUGUGUGAAAGAUGCCCCGUACACCAUCCUCGGAGACCCAGGGGCAGACAGUUAGGUCGGGAGAAAGGGCGGGACGAAAGUUUUGAAGUACGGGCGAAAAGCUCUUUCGCCCGUACUUGAAAACUUUCGUCCCGCCUUUUCUCCCGACCUGACUGACUGCCCCUGGGUCUCCGAGGAUGCGUACACAGGUGAAAAAUAUGCUGAAGGGUCCCUUUUUGAUGAGAGACAAUGUUUUUCUUUGUAGAUCGCGCCCGCGCAACCUUGCGCGAUAUUGGACCAGCAGUAUGGAACGGUGGUUUUAGUACAUUUUUAGCCAUUGUGCUACUGGCGUUUUCCAAUUCGUACGUUUUCAAGACUUUCUUUAAGGUAAAUAGAGGUGAUAUGGGCUCUCCUUGCUGGAUAAUUUGGAUGGUGGAUACGGUUUUGCUUUGGCUGUAAGGGGGUAAGAAAUAUAUGUUUCGCCGGGCGGAAAUACAUGUUUCGUGAACACAAGACAACGACUCUCUUUUUCUUUUCCUGAACUUUGAAGUCUUUUUGAAUUAACUCCAGAAAGAUUUGUCAACAUUUGACGAAUUGAACGAGUUGGAAUAAGCGCGAAAAAGUUUGAGGAAGCGCAAUUUCACUUUUUAAGUGACGUUUGUCAUUGCCGUGGCCGUCGUUAUUGCUUAAGCUCCCUAUUAACAAAGAAAAAUAAUCUGUACGAGCUUUUAAGGGGUUGGAAAUGGUGUUUUUUUGUUUUAAUAGUCGGCCGUAUUUUUCAAACCAUGAUCCAUNAAGUUUUGAAGUACGGGCGAAAAGCUCUUUCGCCCGUACUUGAAAACUUUCGUCCCGCCUUUUCUCCCGACCUGACUGACUGCCCCUGGGUCUCCGAGGAUGCGUACACAGGUGAAAAAUAUGCUGAAGGGUCCCUUUUUGAUGAGAGACAAUGUUUUUCUUUGUAGAUCGCGCCCGCGCAACCUUGCGCGAUAUUGGACCAGCAGUAUGGAACGGUGGUUUUAGUACAUUUUUAGCCAUUGUGCUACUGGCGUUUUCCAAUUCGUACGUUUUCAAGACUUUCUUUAAGGUAAAUAGAGGUGAUAUGGGCUCUCCUUGCUGGAUAAUUUGGAUGGUGGAUACGGUUUUGCUUUGGCUGUAAGGGGGUAAGAAAUAUAUGUUUCGCCGGGCGGAAAUACAUGUUUCGUGAACACAAGACAACGACUCUCUUUUUCUUUUCCUGAACUUUGAAGUCUUUUUGAAUUAACUCCAGAAAGAUUUGUCAACAUUUGACGAAUUGAACGAGUUGGAAUAAGCGCGAAAAAGUUUGAGGAAGCGCAAUUUCACUUUUUAAGUGACGUUUGUCAUUGCCGUGGCCGUCGUUAUUGCUUAAGCUCCCUAUUAACAAAGAAAAAUAAUCUGUACGAGCUUUUAAGGGGUUGGAAAUGGUGUUUUUUUGUUUUAAUAGUCGGCCGUAUUUUUCAAACCAUGAUCCAUCCUUAAUUGUUCUCUCCUUUUACAGUCUUGUCAGUUAAUUGACAAACCGGGAAGCUGGUGAAAAAUGCCUUAAAUUACCGAUGCCACCUUCCUUUUGCAGGUGUUUUUCUGUGUAGUCUUUUACGGAAUGUUUCACGGAUUGUGCUACCUUCCCGUGAUCCUCAGCGCGAUUGGGCCUUCUCCUUAUGAGUCUGCGAAGGAUCACGAUCACAAAAAUGGCCGUUUGUCCCCAGUCCACCCGGCUGGUUUGCCGGGAGACAAUGCUAGCUAUGAAUUAGCUGUUGCUAAUGGCAAGAAGCCCGUGAGUAAUGGGACUCAGAAUGGCGGAUAUCCCAUCCCACCACCGGACAACGAUGGU